CCUUCAUAGAAUAAAGAGCUAGGAGUAUAUAAUUAAAGAAAAAAAAAACUAAAGAUUUCUCCCUAAUUAUCAUUUUAUGUACAGACACCCUUUUUGAUUCUUGAAAGGUCUGCAGACUAAAUCUUUAUGAAUAGGAAAGUGUAAAUGUUUUAAGGCCAACUCAUUAACUUCUCAUGUUUGCUUUUUCUUUUCAUUUUAGACUUAGGAAUUCCCUUUUUUCCCUUUCCACUUUUUCAAUUCCAGCAUUUCUCUGCUUCCUUUAUAUAAUGAAUAUGGCAGAUUCUCCAAUCAUCUCCUCCACUCUGUAGCAAACACACAUAAUUGCCCCCAACAACCAAUCCUUUUCACUAUAUAGACUCCUAUGUCCUAACCCCUUAAGCUACUCACUUCCUUAUUUCACCUUCUUGAAUUCACUUCCACUACAUAUAACCAUCAAUAUUUUGUCACCUUUUCUUCUCUUCUAACUUACCAUCUUCUUCUUUUUCAAUCUUUAUGAUGAAUCAUUCUUCCUCUACAACUUCUGUUAAUGGCUUCUACAAUUUCCUCACUAGAGGACUUGACAAUCUUGAUCACUUAUUCCUGUCUCAGAACUUCAUGUCUUUUAAUUUUCUUCAACAUGUUAUGUCAUCUCUAAGAUCUUUUCAUUCCCAGUUAACAUUUCUGGUUCAAAAACUACAUUUGCCUGUUGGAGAGAAAUGGCUUGAUGAGUACAUGGAUGAAAGUUCAAGACUUUGGGAAGCUUGCCAUGUUCUCAAAUCAGCAAUCUCCAGCAUGGAAAAUUAUUACACCUCUGGUGCUAAUUUAGCUUCUUCUCUUGAUGAUCACAACAUUUUAAAUCCUCUGCUUUCCCGCCAGGUUAUUCGCGCGAUAAAUAGAUGUCAAAGAGAAACAGUAGCACUUGAAGAAGAAAACAAGAGCUUAAUGGAAACAAGAAUGCAAGAUUUAUCAUUGAGGUUCGACGAAAAUAUUAUGAUAGGAUCAAAAUUCAAUGGAUUCAGUGGCUUUAGAGGAGUGCUUUAUGCAAUGAAGAAUGUCAGCUCAUUGCUUUUGGCCAUUUUGGUAAGUGGACUAGUAUAUUGUUGGCCACAGACAAGUUUUUACCAAGGGAAUGGUCAUGAAGGGAACAUGGUUUUCGGUUCAUCUUUUAUGGUUUCAACUUCAAGAUUGCAUCAGAGAGUAGUAGCAGAGGUGAAUCAGGCAGAAGGACAGCUGCCCGGAAUCCUACUUUUCGAGUAUCGAAGAGCAAGAGUAGCUAUGGCUGAGCUGAAAAUGGAACUAGAGAGAGCCAAGGAGUGUGGACUAGUAUUAACACAAAUUGAUAUCCAUGACAAGAUUGAAAACUUGAAAGAUUGCUUUGGAAUGUUGAAAUGUGGGGCAGAAAGCAUCAUUGGGCAACUUGAUGACUUCUUUGAUGAAAUAGUAGAAGGAAGAAAGAAACUUUUGGACAUGUGCACUCAUAGGUAAAAACAACAAAGAAAGAACAAAUGGAGAAAGAUGUGUGCAGCCAUAGCCUUAGAGAUUGUAGAAGUGUAAGGAAUAACUUAGUGGAGUAGUUUUUUUUUUUUUUUAAUAUUUAGGCUCUACUUUUUCUUAUCCAUAUCUCUCUCUAUUUUGGUCCUUUUUUGGCAUCCUAAAAUGUCAAUUUUCUUAUUUUGCAGCUAAGUUUAGUAUUGAAAACUUUAGGAAGAAGUUUGCUCUGUUAAGUAAUGCAUGAAUAUUAUCCUCAAGGAAAAAAACCAGAAUGUGAUUCUUCCUUUGAAUAAAAGUAACAUUACUAAA